UGGAUUGUUUAGAUGAAUUCUCUUUGUCGUUUGAUAAAUUUAAUGUUUUUGAAGAGUUGAGGUAAUAAUUUUGACGAAAAUUAUUUAAAGUGUGAAGAAAAUAUGCCUGGAGACAGGUAUUCCUCAGAAUAUGAACUAAUAGGAGAUUAUUUCGAACAGAAUUUGAAUAAUGGAGUCGAUAGAGUUUACACUAUUAUUGGGUAUACAGAAGACAGGAAAAAAUCAAUUUUCUUUCAUUUACUAUGCAUUUUAUUUCUUGGAAUUCCUUACGUAAUUUUUACUUGGUACCCUAAUUAUAAAGUUUUUAAAUUUAAAAAAUCUCCUCUUUCUACAGCCGAUAUUUUGUUAGUAAAUGAUAACUCGGGGAAAUAUGCACUAAUAAAAACACAAAUGGUAUACAUAAAUAUUUCUAUUUUUCCGUCACGUAUCAUUCGGUUCUUUACUCACCACCACACUAAAUUUAUUUGGUUGGAUGAACAUCAACGAUUUGGGUGUAUCGAUGAGUUUUGUCCAUCGAUAACUUUUCAAGAAAUUUUAGAAAAUUCAACGGGAUUAAGUGAAAAGGAACAAUUAGAAUAUUUAAAAUUUUAUGGUCUUAAUAAAAUUGACGUCGAAAUCAAAUCUUAUUGGAGAUUAUUCAUCGAUGAAGUUUUCCAUCCUUAUUAUAUCUUUCAAGUUUUUUCUAUAAUUGUUUGGUCAUCUGAUAAUUAUGUAAUUUAUGCCGUUUGCAUUUUAGUUUUAAGUGUUAUAUCAGCCGUUGCAGGAUUAAUUGAAACCAGAAAUCAAAGUGUUGCUUUACACGAUUUAGUUGCAUCUUCAACAUGUACUCAAGUACAAAUUUUACAACGGAAUUCUGAUACUACCUCCUCGAAUGCUUUAAUUACAAUAGAAGCAUCUCAAUUAGUACCAAAUGAUUUAUUGGUUAUUCCUAGAAAUGGAUGUGUUAUGCCAUGUGAUGCUGUUUUAAUAGCAGGAAAUUGUAUAGUAAAUGAAAGCAUGUUAACGGGUGAAAGUAUUCCGGUUACAAAAACUCCCCCUCACGAAAGCGAUGAAAUUUACAACCCAGAUUCUCAUAAACGCAACACUUUAUACAGUGGGACACAUAUUAUUCAGUCUCGUUAUUACGAUGACAAAUAUGUUUUGGCUAGGGUUAUAAAGACUGGGUUUGAUACAACCAAAGGGGCCCUUGUAAAAAGUAUUAUGUUCCCAACUCCGAUUGGUUUGGAAUUUUAUAAAGAUGCGAUGAAAUUCGUGCUGUUUUUAUUUUUAAUUGCCGGCUCAGGAAUGUGUUAUUGCCUCUAUUUAUAUAUAAGUAGAGAGGCGGAAGUACAAGAUAUUAUUUUACGUGUUUUGGAUAUUGUUACAAUCGUAGUUCCUCCAGCUUUACCCGCAGCAAUGACUGUUGCGACUGUUUAUAGUCAAAAUCGGCUGAAAAAAAUUGGAAUUUUUUGUAUUAGCCCAGCUCGAAUUAACAUUAGUGGAAGAAUUAAAUUGAUUUGUUUUGACAAAACGGGAACUUUAACAAACGAUGGUUUAGAUUUAAGCUCAAUCGUUCCUUCAGACAAUGCAACGUUUUUAAAUCCGAUUCCAAAUCCGUUACUUUUGGACUUAAAAAGUCCUUUAUUACAAGGAAUGGCAACUUGUCACUCUUUAACACGGAUUAACGACGAGAUUACAGGCGAUCCAUUAGAUUUAAAUAUGUUUAAUAGCACAGGAUGGGAAUUAGAAGAAACCGGCGAAUCUGAAAGCACUCGUUAUGAUGUUCUUGUCCCAACGAUUGUAAGACCAAGGCGAUCAAUUGAAAUUAAUGCCCGAGGCGAUGUGCCUACAUAUGAAAUUGGAAUUAUUCGCCAAUUUCCGUUUUCAUCAACGUUACAAUGUAUGUCGGUUAUUUGUAAAAAUUUAACCGAAAAUGAAAUGACAGUUUUUACAAAAGGAGCGCCAGAAAAAAUCGGCUCAAUUUCGCUACAAGAAAGCCUCCCAAACGAUUAUUCCAUACAAUUAUCUCAAUUCACAGCGUCCGGAUAUCGAGUAAUUUCCGUUGGUUAUAAAAAACUUUCGGUUUCGAUGAAAUGGAAAGACACGCAAAAAAUUAAACGAGAAGAAAUAGAGAAAGAUUUGAUUUUUGUCGGCUUUAUUGUGAUGCAGAACACUUUGAAAAUUGAAACGAAACCGGUUAUUGCGAAGUUAUUGAACGCUAACGUUCGAACUGUUAUGAUAACAGGAGAUAACAUUGAAACGGCUACUUCCGUUGCUAGACAAUGCGGGAUGAUUGGAGUUUUCGAUAAGGUCGUUGCUUUAAAAGUGGAUCAAUCCGAUAUUGGACCUAAAUUAAAAUACGAAUUAAUUAAUUUGCAAGAUUUAGAAGUCGAUCAUGUCACAGUAUUUAACCAUUAUCAUUUUGCAAUCGAUGGAAAAACUUGGUUACAAAUUUGCGAACAUUUCUCAGAUCUUAUCCCGAUGUUAAUGGUACGAACAACCGUAUUCGCACGUUUCCAACCUGAUCAAAAAACCCAAGUUGUUACUAACUUGCAAAAACUUGAUUAUGUUGUGUGUAUGGUUGGAGAUGGUGCUAAUGAUUGUGGUGCUUUAAAAGCAGCUCACGUUGGAAUAUCUCUCUCACAAACAGAAGCAAGCGUAGCCGCUCCGUUUACGUCAAAAAUAGCAAACAUUUCCUGCGUUAUUCAUUUAAUGCUGGAGGGGCGUUGUGCUUUAGUUACAACUUUUGCUGAAGUUAAAUACAUGGCGCUUUACAGCCUCAUCCAAUUUUUUACAGUUUUAUUACUUUACACGAGAUUUUCAAUACUUGGAGAUUCACAAUUUCUUUAUAUCGAUCUUUUAAUAACGAUGAGUUUCGCUUUAACGAUUGGUUUACAAGGUCCAUCGAAAAAACUCGUUCCAAAACGCCCAUUAGGAUCCCUCGUGAGCGUUGAAAACGUCGCUCCAAUGAUUUUACAAAUCUUACUUUGCGCAACCGUCCAAUAUUUAGCAUUGAAAUAUCUCGACCAACAACCGUGGUUUGAACACAACCCCCCGGCGAACACCGAAACGAUUCUAUGUUGGGAAAACACGGUUUUAUUUUUGGUUUCAUCGUUUCAAUAUGGAAUUUUAGCACUUUUGUAUUCAAAAGGAAAACCGUACCGACAAGGAAUGUUUUUUUCUAAUAUCUUUUUACUGUUAGCCGCGUUAAUUGUUUCUGCUUCAAUCGUUUAUUUUUGCGUUUGUCCAGCUGAGUGGAUUGCAAACUUUUUCGAGAUUUUACCAAUGAGUAAAGAUAAGGGGGAAGCGAUGUUUAGGUAUAGUUUAUUAAUGUUUCCUCUAGCACAUUUUUUUAUUGCGUGGUUAAUUGAGGUUAUAAUCGCUGACAAAAAUUGGUGGAAAAGGUGUUUAAUUCCUAAACAAAAAAUGAAAUAUCAAGUUUUAAUGAAUGAGAGUAAUGUUGAUGCAUUUCUCGAACACAUAAAUCUCCAAGAUAGUUAAUAAUUAAUAAAUUCGUUCGACAAUAUGAAAACUCAAUGCUACUCAAUAAUGAUUUAUUGCUUAUUUUUUUAAUUAAUGCUAAUAAAGAUUAUAUAAAAGUA